AUGAAACCACAAAAUAUCGAAGAUUUAGAUUCUUAUCUCCGGGAAGAACUUUCCAAGCGUAUUUUCUUCCUCGAUGGGGGCAUGGGCACAAUGAUCCAAACUCUAGGAUUGACUGAAUCAGACUUUCGAGGAGAGAGAUUCAAAAAUCACCCAAAAGACCUUAAGGGUAACAACGACAUCCUUGUACUGACGCAACCGCAUCACAUUCGGAAUAUUCAUCUACAAUACUUGCAGGCGGGCGCCGACUUUAUUGAGACGAAUACAUUCUCUGCUACCAGCAUUGCACAGGGUGACUAUCUAUGUGAAGACUGUGUUUAUGAUUUGAACGUUGCUGCUGCUAGACUGGCUAAAGAGGCGUGCAACGAAAUGAUGUCGCAAGAUCCGAGCAGACCACGUUUUGUCUGUGGCGGAAUUGGUCCAACUAACCGUACUGCCUCUAUCUCGCCAUCUGUUGAGAAUCCCGCUUAUCGUAAUGUCACGUUUGACGAACUUGUUAAAGCAUACAAUGAACAAACUCGUGGGCUUCUAGAAGGUGGUGCCGAUAUUCUGUUGGUAGAAACUAUUUUCGACACGCUUAAUGCUAAAGCCGCAUUGUAUGCUAUUGACACUCUUUUUGACGAAGGCUACCGCAGAACUCCCAUUCUCAUUUCGGGCACAAUUGUUGAUAUGUCCGGUAGGACGUUAAGUGGACAGACUGGCGAAGCCUUUGUAUCGAGCGUUAGUCAUUCAAACCCAUUAGCUAUCGGACUGAAUUGUGCCCUUGGAGCGUCGCAAAUGCGCCCGUUUAUCAAGAAUAUAUCGGAUUUCACACACCAUUUUGUGAUCUGCUAUCCGAAUGCGGGUUUACCAAACACAUUUGGUGGUUACGAUGAAACGCCAGCGAUGAUGGCCGCGUCUGUCGCCGAGUUUGCUAAAGAUGGAUUUCUCAAUAUAGUCGGUGGCUGUUGUGGCACGACACCCGCUCAUAUUAAAGCUAUUGCAGAGGCCUGCUCCAAGUUCAAGCCGCGAGUGCCAGCACGAGAUCUGUCAAAAGAUAACAUGAUAAUCUCCGGAUUAGAGUUGUUGAAGGUCAAUGACGAUUCUAUGUUUGUAAACGUUGGCGAGCGAUGUAAUGUCGCCGGAUCUCGAAAGUUUGCUAGACAUGUAUUAAAUGGCGAAUUUGAAGAAGCCAUGGCUAUCGCUAAACUGCAAGUGGAGGGUGGUGCUCAAAUUAUUGAUGUAAACAUGGAUGAAGGAAUGUUGGACGGAGAAGCUGCCAUGACUAAAUUUUUGAACAUGAUUGCUAGUGACCCCGACGUGGCUCGGCUUCCGUUAAUGGUGGAUUCAUCAAAUUUCAAUGUCAUAUUGGCGGGUCUAAAAUGCGCUCAAGGAAAGUGCAUAGUGAAUAGCAUCAGUUUGAAAGAAGGCGAAGAAGAAUUUAUCAAGAAAGCUAAAACAAUUCGUCGUUUUGGUGCUGCCGUCAUUGUAAUGGCUUUUGAUGAAAUUGGACAAGCCGCGGAGAAGGAUAGAAAGGUCGAAAUAUGUACAAGAUCCUACAAGAUUCUUACAGAGAAAGUCGGGUUUAAUCCAAACGAUAUUAUAUUUGAUCCCAAUAUCUUGACUAUUUGUACCGGUAUGGAAGAGCAUAAUAAUUAUGCUGUCGAAUUUAUCGGAGCCACGAGGGAAAUAAAGCAGACGCUACCUGGUGCUAAAGUUAGCGGAGGCGUAUCAAACUUAUCGUUCUCGUUCCGCGGAAUGGACCAAGUCCGUGAGGCUAUGCAUAGUGUUUUCUUGUACCACGCUAUCAAAGCAGGGAUGGACAUGGGUAUUGUGAAUGCCGGCUUCCUUACCAUCUAUGACGAUAUUCCGAAAGAUCUUCUCGAACUUUGUGAAAAUGCAAUAUGGAAUAGGGAUCCUGACGUAACAGAAAAGAUUCUUGCAUAUGUGCAAGCUCACGGAAAAGGCCAAAAGAAGGAAGAAUCUGAAGAGGAAUGGAGAAAAUUACCAAUCGAGGACAGAAUAUCGUAUGCAUUAGUCAAGGGUAUUACGAAAUUCAUCAUAGAAGACACAGAGGAAUGCAGACUACGGCUCUCAAAACCAUUAGACGUCAUAGAAGGUCCGCUCAUGAAGGGAAUGAGUACUGUCGGAGACCUUUUCGGUGCAGGCAAAAUGUUCUUGCCCCAAGUUAUUAAAUCUGCUCGCGUGAUGAAGAAAGCUGUAGCACAUUUGAUCCCUUUUAUGGAAGCGGAACGCCUGGCCAAUAUUGCAGAGGGUGGUUCUGAUUCUGGCCCUCAACAUGCAGGCGUUGUCGUCUUGGCUACCGUCAAAGGAGAUGUUCACGAUAUUGGAAAGAACAUUGUUGGAGUCGUGCUUGGUUGUAAUAACUAUAAGGUCAUUGAUUUGGGAGUAAUGACACCAUGCGAGAAAAUUAUCGAGACUGCGCUUGCAGAGAAUGCAGAUGUAAUUGGUCUGUCUGGUCUUAUCACGCCCUCGCUUGAUGAAAUGAUAUCUGUUGCAAAAGAGAUGGAACGACGCGGCCUUAAGAUUCCUCUCUUGAUUGGAGGAGCUACAACAUCCAAAGCGCAUACAGCAGUCAAGAUCUCUCCUCAAUAUUCUCAACCAACAAUUCACGUUCUUGAUGCAUCCAGGAGCGUCGUAGUGGUAUCUAAUCUUAUUGAUAGUCAACGCAAUGACUUUUGGGAAGAUAUUGCUGAAGAAUAUGAAGAAAUACGGGAAGAUCAUUACGCUAGUUUGCAAGAUAGAAAAUACAUGCCCUUAACUGUUGCACGUGAGAAAGGACUCAACAUUAACUGGGCAGAGUCUCCCAAGCCUGUGAAGCCAACCUUCCUUGGGAAGAAAUUAAUUGAAUCUUAUGAUCUGAAAAGAAUUUCUCAAUACAUCGACUGGAACCCAUUUUUCCAAGUGUGGUAUGUCGCCCAAGCAAUUAAGAGGCAGAUAUCCAAAUCGUGGAUACCCAAAAAUCUUCAAGGACGAGCAUGCAACGAGGCUAAAAAAGUGUACAAUGAGGCUCGUAUGCUUAUUGACAAAAUAAUAGAAGCUAAAUUAUUCCAAGCAAGAGGAAUCGUUGGAAUAUACCCAGCAAACAGUGUCGAUGAUGAUAUUCAGCUCUAUGCAGAUGAGAAUCGUGAUAAACCAAUAGCAACAUUCUUUGGCCUGC